AUGAACGUGUUUACAGACUUGGGCGUACCAUUGAACGGAUCUGCGGAACUGUUGAGGAUGCGAAUGGCCCGGCGGAGGCCGCUGGAUCCUGAAUUGGAGGGGUUGUUCAAGCGGUUGAGGUCGCUGGACCAUAGACUGCUUUAUGUUCGGUUUGGACAUGAUAUUAUUGCGGGGUGUGACUAUUGCCAGUCGUUUGGUGAUUAUGCGCUGUUGGCGUUACCCCGGCCACUGCUGGCCUAUAUUCGUGAAAUGGCGUUCGUUGGGAUUCUGACGCUUCCUGGGUCCCCGAAAGCACACCUUCGACCUCUGGGGCUUGCAAUUCUGAUGCUCUCGGCGCUCGCAGAAGCUUAUUUCAUCCUGUCAGCUACCAUUGCUAUCAACCGCAAGAAGAGCCUCUCAUUACGAUGGUGA